GCAACAUCACGCCAAAGCAACAUCUCACCUUGCCAUCCGUGGGAUAGAAGUAAAAAAGGCGCAAAACGCGGCGUGAGGAGCUUGUGGAGCGCGCAGCCAUGACGUCCACAAGCUCGAAGCUCGACUAUCUGAAGAAGUACAUGUCCAAAUCAUCAUCCGUCGCAGACGGCACAGCGGACGUCAUAGCAUCAGCCAAGAAGAAGAAAAAGAAGCGGCCGAAGGAGGACCCUUCCUCGGCCUUCCUCACCAUUCGCGACGAGACAGCGGACCUCCCGGCGCCAAAGGCCAAGAAGGCACGCCGCCUGCCGCUUCCGGACGACCUCCCCGACACCUCCAAUCUCAUCCACGAGGGAGAUGAGGACGCUCCCGCACUCGCCGAAGACCACAUUGACCCGGCGCUGCUCGCGGAGAUCCGUCAGCGGGGUGGCGCGGACAUCCCAUUGGACGAGGAAGACGAGGGCGUGGCGCGGCGGUUCAAGCAGAGCCAGCAGGCCAGGAAGGAGCCGCCACCGCCCUCGGCUCAAGAGGAGCGCGCAGCCGCCAUGGCGCAGCUGUUCCCUGGUGGCAGGAAGGCGGUCAUUCACGAGGAGCCUUCUGUCAAGAAGGAGCGGGAAUACCCCUUCCCCGUGCCGACCAAGGAGGAGCCAGAUGACGAUGACGACGACCUCUCCCCGCCCCGCAGACCACCGCCAGCACCAUCGAGCGACCGUGAUGGUGACCUCUCGCCACCGCGCCGGCCGCCCGCCGACCAGGACGGCGACCUGACCCCUCCCCGCCGACCAGUCGUCAUCAAAACGGAGCCAGAUGAGGAGGGCGACCUGUCGCCACCGAGGCGACCCAUGGCGGCUGACAAUGACGGCGAUUUGUCGCCCCCACGGAAGCCGAUGGAGGAUGCGGAUGGCGGUCUGACGCCCCCGCGACGUCAGAUGGUGGAUGAUGAGGGCGACCUGGAUUUGGAGCGGCCCGUGCAGGGAGGGGAGGGGGAAAACGAAGGCGAAGGCAGAGAACGGAUGGCCGACGGGGCGGUGGCCGGGCUGGUCUCCGGGAGGGAGCUGAGGUGAGCAUCGCGAGACCACUGCACUGCCUGUUCCAUCGUCGCCACAUUCGAACAUGCCUUUCUCUGCUCCGUGUUCGGUGUUUGUGUGUCAGGGAGGAGGCGGAGAAGCUGCGGCAGCGUCAGGAGGCAGAGUUUGCGGCGGCUGAUGCCGAGGCGCUGGGCAAGGGUGCGGCGGUGCGGUACCGCGACAAGGAGGGGCGGGAGAUCGGUCAGAAGGAGUGGGAAAAACUCAACCAAAAGAAGAAGAAACGACCCCGAGAGCCCGCACAGGUACGACAGACAGCCGCACCACAACUGUCAUCACAUGCAUCCCUCCACCCAUGGGCCAUGGGCCACUCCUCUAUGCGUGUCUGUCUGUCUGUGUGUCAGCAUCUGGAGUGGGGCGCUGGUUUGGUUCAGAGGGACGAGAAGAAGCGCACUGAGGAGGAGGAACGCGUCCUCGGCCAGCAGCCCCUCGCAAGGUGACUUCACUCACUCACGUGCACCCACACGUAGUCCAUCGACACACUCAAAUGGUUGCCUUGUUGGCCCAGGUAUGAGAUCGAUUCGUCGUACGAUGCCGUGCUGAGGGAGCGUGAGCGGUGGGACGACCCACUCAGAGGCAAACUCGACAAAGCCGACAAUGAAGACGACAACAAAGACACAACCACAAAGACACAGACAGGUCAGCAUCAACCAACCAACACCGCUGAGAGACGCCCCAUGGCCAGACAUCCAUCUGCUCUCUGUGCGUGUAUGUACCCCACGUCUUGAUCCAUCCAUCCAUCCAUCAGCGGUGAGGAAGGCCCGCCCCAAGUGUCGCUUCCCCGCGCCGCCCAACCGCUACGGCAUAUCGCCGGGCUACCGGUGGGACGGGGUGGUCAGGGGCAACGGAUUCGAAGACAAAUUCCUACAGGUAGGCUGGCUGAGGACACCAAUGCAUGAGUACACAGGACGGGCGACCAUGAAAGAGAAUGUCCGAUGUGUAUGUGUGUUGGUGGUGCAGGCCAAGAACCGUCGCAAGUGGGAGGCUGAGCAGGGGUACAAGUGGAGCAUCGAGGAGAUGUGACACAGAGGAGCGUGUGCGUGUGAACAAACUUGUGAGGGGGCGGUGACUGACACGACACCAGCUGGUCAUUCGUAGCCAGCCAGGGAG